GCUCUCAAACCUACUUUGGGGUCUUAAAACGAAACCGUACACCAUUUCACUGUGGACAUUACACCCUCUUACAGAUAUGGGAGACAUGGGAGACCCACCAAAAAAAAAACGCCUGAUUUCCCUAUGUGUUGGUUGCGGCAAUCAAAUUCACGAUCAGUAUAUUCUGAGGGUUUCUCCGGAUUUGGAAUGGCAUGCGGCGUGUUUGAAGUGUGCAGAGUGUAAUCAGUAUUUGGACGAGACCUGUACGUGCUUUGUUAGGGAUGGCAAAACCUACUGUAAAAGAGAUUAUAUCAGGUUAUACGGCAUCAAGUGCGCCAAGUGCAGCAUCGGCUUCAGCAAGAAUGACUUCGUGAUGCGCGCCCGCGCCAAGGUGUACCACAUCGAGUGUUUCCGCUGCGUGGCCUGCAGCCGCCAGCUCAUCCCCGGCGAUGAAUUCGCGCUGCGGGAGGACGGCCUCUUCUGCCGGGCGGACCACGACGUGGUGGAGCGGGCCAGCCUGGGCGCCGGGGACCCCCUCAGCCCCCUGCACCCCGCCCGGCCGCUGCAGAUGGCAGCAGAACCUAUCUCUGCCAGACAGCCAGCUCUGCGACCCCACGUCCACAAGCAGCCCGAGAAGACCACCCGAGUCCGGACUGUCCUUAAUGAAAAACAGCUUCACACCUUGAGGACCUGUUACGCUGCCAACCCCAGACCUGACGCCCUCAUGAAAGAGCAACUGGUAGAAAUGACUGGCCUCAGCCCGAGGGUCAUCAGGGUUUGGUUUCAAAACAAGCGGUGCAAGGACAAAAAAAGGAGCAUUAUGAUGAAGCAACUUCAGCAGCAGCAACCCAAUGACAAAACUAAUAUCCAAGGGAUGACAGGAACUCCGAUGGUGGCUGCUAGUCCGGAGAGACACGACGGCGGUUUACAGGCGAACCCGGUGGAGGUGCAGAGUUACCAGCCGCCCUGGAAAGUACUGAGUGACUUCGCAUUGCAGAGUGACAUAGACCAACCUGCUUUUCAGCAACUAGUUAAUUUUUCUGAAGGAGGACCCGGUUCCAAUUCUACUGGAAGUGAAGUAGCAUCAAUGUCCUCUCAGCUGCCAGAUACACCCAACAGCAUGGUAGCCAGUCCUAUUGAGGCAUGAGGAACAUUCAUUCAGAUUUCUGUUGUUGUUUCUGCCCUUACCCUCAGCCCUGUUGGAGAGAGUGGGAAAGUGAUCACAUUGGGACUCCGAAAUUUAGGGGGAAAAAGUAUUUCACAACCCUGUAAUGAACCUAGCAAGGAACCGCUCCAUGAAAAGAACGGAGUCAUGUUUGAAAAGACAAGGUAAUAUGGUAGCAACACUGUGAAGACAAUCAUGGGAUCUUACUAUAAUAAAUACUACAAAGAAAAAAAAAAAACCCAACAAAAAAACCCCCAACAAACCCCGCGCUAUUCAAUGAUCAGAGGAGGAUCAAAAAGACGUUUUCAAAACGUAAAGGAUUUGUACUCAUGGAUCU